ACACUGCAAACUUGACCCUUUAAACCUUUACGCAGACAUCUUUCAUCUAACCAGAUGAAUAAUCCUGGUUUAGCCGGUGGCACCAGGCACACACUUGAGGUUUAUCGGCUUAGCAGGUUUAAAGCCUGCAGAUGUAGCAUAUCCAGCUUCUGCUUCAUGUUUGCAUCUAGGCAAGCAUCAGGUAUCCCUGGGCUGGCUCCAACUGACGAAAAGGAUGGCAACCUGCCAGAUAUCAUUGUCAGCAGCAGUUUACAUGAGUUUCUUGUGAACCUUCAUGAGAAAUAUGGGCCACUGGUCUCCUUCUGGUUUGGAAGGCGUCUUGUUGUCAGCCUCGGCUCCAUUGAUCUCCUGAAACAACAUAUUAACCCCAACCGAUUGUUGGAUCCCUUUGAGACAAUGCUGAAAUCCCUCUUGAGGUACCAGUCCAGCCUGAGUAGGGAUACAGGAGAGAGCCACAUGAGGAGAAAACUGUAUGAGAACAGUGUGACCAAGUCCUUGCAAAGUAACUUUGCUCUCAUCCAGAAGCUGUCAGAAGAGCUGCUGGCCAAAUGGCUGUCUCUCCCUGAGGCACAACAUGUGCCACUCUGCCAGCACAUGCUGGGCUUUGCCAUGAAGUCUGUCACACAGACAGCUAUGGGCAGCAGCUUUGAAGAUGACCGGGAAGUCAUCCGAUUCCGCAGGUACCAUGAUGCAAUUUGGUCAGAGAUUGGAAGAGGUUUCUUGGAUGGGUCUCUUGACAAAAACAUGACUAGGAAGAAGCACUAUGAAGAUGCUCUGGUGGAGAUGGAAUCCAUCUUAAGGAAGGUUACAAAGGAGCGCCGAGGCAGAUCAUUCAACAGACAUGUCUUUAUUGACACCUUGCUGCAGGGGAGCCUGAGUGACCAGCAGAUUCUGGAAGAUACAAUGAUUUUCUCUUUGGCAGGAUGUGUAAUCACCGCUAACUUGUGUACCUGGGCAGUCUAUUUCCUGACAACCUCAGAAGAUGUUCAGCAGAAUCUCUACAAGGAGAUGGACCGUGUUCUGGGGAAGGGACCAAUUACACUUGAGAAAAUUGAGCAGCUCAGGUACUGUCGGCAAGUCUUGUGUGAGACAGUGCGGACAGCAAAGCUCACCCCCAUUGCUGCACAGCUGCAGGAGCUGGAGGGCAGAGUCGACCAACAUACUAUCCCCAAAGAGACACUUGUGCUUUAUGCUCUUGGUGUGAUGCUGCAGGAUAGUUCAUCUUGGCCAUCACCAUACAAGUUUGACCCAGACAGAUUCAAUGAGGAAUUAGCCAUGAAAAACCUCUCCUUGUUGGGUUUCUCAGGAAGCCAGGAGUGCCCAGAGUUGAGGUUUGCCUAUAUGGUGGCCACAGUUCUGCUGAGUGUCCUGGUAAGGAAACUAUAUCUCCACCCAGUGAAAGGACAAGUCAUGGAGGCAAAAUACGAACUGGUAACCUCACCAAAGGAGGAAGCCUGGAUAACGGUGUCUAAGAGGAGCUAAGAGAAUACAGAACAAGGGGUUAAAAGUGACAGCAGUGAAGUUCUGAGUAAGGGUCUUAAUGAGAAUCAUACUGGCACCAUGUUUAUUCAGCCAAGGAAUUUUAUAUCCAGAUUUUUUUACCUUCCAUAUUCUUAACCUCAUGCCUAUGGGUACUUUCUCUAAUUUAACCAUUAGUAAUAUUAAAGUAGAUUUAAUCUACAUGUCUUUUUUAUAUUUGCUUUUGGAUCUCUGGUCAAACCUUUGCAAGGAAGCAACAAAAUCUUGCAGUGGUAUAUGUAUGAACUAAUGUUCAACUAGUCAAGGACCAGAGCUCUGGUUAACCCAGCCUCUUUCCAAUAGCAGCCAGAGCUGGGUAAGAGUGCCCCUCUUAUCCAGUGGAAUUCUUCCUGAAUCCUAGCUAAAUAAGACCUUGAAGACACAAGGACAAAGCCUUUCUCUAUAUAUAGGUAUUUUUAUUCAAAGUGUCUUUCCCUCCCUUGAGCUAUAUCUGUCAGGAAGAGCAGAUAUAUCCUGUGAGAAGUAUGUGUGAGUGUGAGAAAGAGAGAAAUAAAGUGGGGUGGGAAUAGCACCACUAGUUCUCAUGCUAUGUAAUCUUGCUGUGCUGUGGGGUUGCAAGAAAAAGAAUGACUGAGAAAUGCUAGUAAACCAAGAGGAAUAAAAUUGGUUUGGCCCCUGA